AGAAGAUUAAAUACGUGUUUCGAAACCGACAGAAGCCGUUCUUCCUGCACGUCAGAGGAGGCUGUGUUCUGCUAUUCUACUAUACAUUUACAAAGCACAAACUCAAAACUUUCGCUCAAACUCUUCGUCUUACUUACGGUAUACCACGACCAGGCCAGAACAGCAAUCUCGCGCACGAACCACAGCAACAAUGCGUUCCGCCUCUGCAACUCUCCUGGCGGUGGCCAGCACUUUCUUCGCUGGCGCCAACGCCUGCUUGUACUUCAAUGCCACCCUCACAGACACCAAGCUCUCUGUCUACAGCUGGGACGACGCCAACAACAACAACGCUACCAACCCAGAAGAUAUCAUCUGCCAAGGACAGAACCUCGACCAAGAGAGCGACGGAUACUGGAGUGUUCCUUGCGCUCGCGCCGACAACGCCACAAGCGACACUGUCUUCGACGUCUUCCUCAACAAGGACAACACUCGCUUCCUGGACGUCAUCUACAAGUACUCGAACCCAGAAGCUGCGGGCCUUCAGCAAGGCUCUGGAGACCCGAACCCAGACGAGUUCUACUUCAACUUCCGUGUUGGCAGCGUAGAUGGAAAGUUCUUCAAGUCUCGGGAGUUCUGCGCGCAAUAUGAUCUGUUCAGACUGCUCAAGCCGGAGGCCCUCAAGAACCCUUGCGACUCCCUGGACUCAUGUUAAGAAGCUUUAUUCGAGGAGCAGAGUGAAGGCGAGCGAAGUUAAUGAUGAGGAGGCGAGAAAUCUCGGGAGAACUGCUCUGAACUCAGCACAUUUCACGCAUCAGAAUGCACAAAAUCAAGCAUGAUUCGCUCCUUUGCACUUUGUAUUGACAAGAUUAGAUUCUGUACAGCAUAGUACUCAUUAUACGACCCAAGAAACAUGUUCUCAAGUCGUGGCUGCCGUUACUGUCAUGAAGCUAUCCCCCACCGACCCAAUCUAUCCCAGUUUUGAUUACCCAGACCGAAGACGCCUUUAAAUCAUCCGCAAACUC